AUGAAGUUGAGCGGGUUGUUAGUAAGCAUUCUAGCAUUGACCAUUGGAUUGAGUGGAGCAUUGAAGAUCCCAACAAAGGAUAAUGUAAAUUCCAACGAUGUACCCGUAUUCGUGAAAUCCUUGAAAAAAUUAUAUCAAGGACCUCCAAAGCAACAUGUAACUACAAGGGCAGAAGUCACAACUGAUUGGAUAACUCAAAAAUUGGAUCAUUUCGAUAGUGCGGAAGCCAGAACAUGGAAAAUGCGCUACAUGAUCAAUGAUGAGCACUUCAAACCUGGAGGUCCCAUGUUCAUUUUUGUGGGCGGUGAAUGGGACAUUGAUGCAAGUAAAAUAUCCGUUGGACAUUUUGUUGAUUUGGCCAAGGAGCACAAUGGCAUACUUUUCUAUACUGAACAUCGUUAUUAUGGAGAAAGCAAACCCACUUCAGAUCUUUUGGUGGAAAACCUUAAAUAUUUGAAUGUCAAGCAAGCCUUGGCCGACUUGGCCCAUUUCGUCGAAUACCAAAGGGAAACUGUGGCUGAUCUGGCCAACUCCAAGGUUAUAAUGGCAGGUGGUUCUUAUUCAGCCACCAUGGUGGUAUGGUUUAAGAAGCUCUAUCCUCAUCUCUUGAAUGGUGGUUGGGCUUCAUCGGCCCCCUUAUUGGCCAAAUUGAAUUUCCACGAAUACAUGGAGGUGGCGGGCAAAUCUUGGCGUCUUCUAGGUGGCGAACAUUGCUACCAGCGCAUUCAAAAUGGCAUUGUCCAACUGGAACAAAUGAUAAAGGGCAAACAAUCCGCCGAAGUCAAGGCCAUGUUGAAAUUAUGCAAUAACUUUGAUACCCGCAAUGAUUUGGAUUUAUGGACCUUGUUCAGUACAUAUGGUUAUGUCUUAGGGGGAACAGCUCAAUACCAAAGAGAUAAUGACCUUGAAGUAUAUUGUGACUAUUUGAUGAGUUUUGAAGAUGAUCUCAGUGCUAUGACUAGCCUUUGGCUAAUGAUGUUCCAAAUCUCAAGUGGCUGUGUUGAUUCCACCUACAAGACUACAUUGGCAUUUUAUGCAGAUACCACCUACGCCAGUGAAUGGGCUCGUCCUUGGUAUUAUCAGACCUGCAAUGAAUAUGGUUGGUAUCAGACUUCGGCAUCUCGCAACCAACCCUUUGGCAGCAGCUUUCCCCUGGACCUCUCCACCACCUUGUGUCGUGAUGCCUAUGGUCCCAAAUACUCCAAUUCAUUUAUUCAAGAAUUGAUUGAGGACACCAAUGACUUCUUUGGUGGCAUGAAUCCCCAAGUGGAAAAUGUCUAUAUAACCCAUGGCGAUUUGGAUCCUUGGAGUCCUAUGGGUCAUGGCCAACUAGAGGGUGCAACUAUGUUGCCCAAUGCUUCUCAUUGUGCAGACUUUGGUUCAAUUAGUCCAAUGGAUAGCCCUGAAAUGCGCCAAUCAAAAGAACGUUUGGGAGAAUUGGUUCGGGAGUGGUUAGCUGAUUAAAAAAAAUCGAAAAGAAUAAUGUAUAGACACAAAUGCGAUUCGUAAAAAAUGGUAAAAUAAAUUGCAAACAUAAACUGUUCCAAAAAUAGGUACCAAUAAAAUUUAGAA